AUGUCGCGAAUCGAGCGCAUGCAGAUCCAAGGCAUCCGCUCUUUCGGACCGCAGACGGGCGAGACCAUCGUCUUCAACACACCACUUACUCUCAUUGUUGGCUGGAACGGCUCCGGCAAGACUACCAUCAUCGAAUGUCUCAAAUAUGCCACCACAGGCGAGCUGCCGCCGAACAGCAAGACUGGAGGAGCCUUCAUUCACGAUCCAAAGCUAACAUCCUAUGAUGAGGUUAUGGCCCAGGUCAAGCUCUCCUUCCGUCGCAAGAUGCAGCUCAACGUCCGGAAGAAUGCCCGAUCACAGAAGACGCUAGAGGGCUCCUUGCUGAUGCGCCGCAACGGCGUCAAAGAGUCCAUUUCUUCCCGCGUAGCUGAGCUGGACCAGAUUGUGCCACAGUAUCUCGGCGUCUCUAAUCUGUGGCCAAUGAAUAAAUACACAAAGGCGAUCGAAAACAUUAAGGUCAUUCGCAAAGUCCAAGAGGAAAACGCCAAGGAGAACCAAACCCGUGCAACCAAGGCUGAGGCAGACAUGGUUAAACUCUCGGACAAGAUCGAAGCCUACCGCACCGAACAUGAAACGGCUGAGGCUGCAGCCAAAGAAGCACUCAAAAAGAACAGGGAGGCAUACGCGCACGCCGCAAAAUAUGAGCAGGUUGUUGCUCAACUCCAAGGCAAACGCAUGAUGGAGGAGACCGACCAGGAGCUGCAGGUCAUGAUGGAACAGUAUGGCGAGCGUACGCAGUACCGUAGCUAUCAAACAUCUCUGCAACAGAAUCGCACAUCUUUGGGUACCAAACAGAGCGAAGUCGGCAAGCACCAAGCAGAAAAGGACCAACACGCUCGCAACAUCCAGAAGCGUGCAAAUCUCAUCAAAGAAACGGCCCGGCGACAUGGCAUCCGAGGCUUCGAUCUUGACGUGGACGAGACGCAGGUGGUCGAGUUCCAGCAGAUAUUGCGAAAGCUAUCGCGUGAUCAAAACAAAGCCCUCGAACAUGCCGUUAACCGUCUCAGCGAAGAGAAGGCAGGUCUAAACCAGCGUAAGGACCUGUCCAAGUCACAAAUUACUGCCAACGACAAGCGGAUCACGGAGUUGCAGAAGAUCAUGAGUAACAUUCGAGCGACCGAAAAAGACCUUGACAAGGCGAGCGCAGAUGCCGAUAAUGCCGACUACGAUACCCGGAUUCAAAACAUCGAGAACACCGUUCAUAGACUUGAGAAUCAGAAGGAGCGUUUGGACACAGAGCUGGUCGAGGCCACACAAAACAAACUCAAGGAGACAAAACAGAGCCUUUCGACGAUGAACGCAUUCCGAGAUGUCCUUGCUCAGAAGAACAACGAUGUGAAAGAUGCGGAAGAGAAGCAUUCUGAGCAGAAGAAUAAGCGCGCAGAGUAUACUAAGUACAAGAACGUGGUCCUUGACGCUAUUCGAAAGGAAGAUAUCACAGAUUUCGACGACACUUUGUCAGAACUCGAGUCGGACUUCGGGGCUCAAUUAAAGUACUUUGAAGCUUGCCUUGACACCGCAGAAACACACAAUCAAUGUCGACUGUGCAUGCGAACGUUGAAGGACGACAAGGCCGAAGGGUUUACCAAGGCAGCAUUUCUGAUCAGGGUCAAGAACAUGGUCGCAAAGGCUACUCAGAAUCUUGACGCAAAUAUCGACGACGUACAGGCCGAAUUGGAGAAAGUACGAAAUGCGAAGCCUAGCUACGAAUUGGCAAAACGCGCCGAGGAAGUUGAACUCCCUGCACUCAAGGCGGAGCAUGAGAAGCUCGUCACAAUCAAUGAAUUGAAGGAGUCCAAAAGGGAGAUCGACUCCUCUUACGACGAAGCCCGCGAGCUGGAAGAUCGUGUCGUCGCUUUAAAGAAAAAGCAGAAAACGAAGCUACAAAAGGUGAACACAGAGAGCCGGACUGCGAAGGCGGAGCUUGCGGCCCUUAGCGGCGAGCGCGAAAAGUUACGAAAGACCGUUAGCACACUUGAGCUGCGCAUUCGCGAUAUCAAUGCCGAGCUCAGCGCUGCACAAUCGAGCCUCAAAGAGAAGCGCAAUCUGGCAGAACGCAUCGAGGAAUUCAAGAACAGUAAUACUGAGCAACGAGAGGUCAUUCGAAGUCUCGAAACCGACCUGCUGGCCCUGGACCCCGAGUUGGAGCGAGCUCAAGCAACGUACAAGGACGUGAAUCGACGCGGCAACGAACGAGUCAAUCGUGUGCAAGAAGAAGCGUCCAAGCUGUCUGACAACAUAUCUGCGUACAUUGACAAGGGUGGCCCGCAGCGUCUGACUCGAGCCCAACAUGAGAUUGAGAUUCUUCUUGUCGACAUUAAACAGAUCGAAGACGACAUGUCACGUGUCGCGCGCGAUGUCAAGAAGAUAGAAGAAGCUCUGAGUAGUGUCGAGCACACAAAGCAAUCGAUUUUCGACAAUCUUCGAUACCGAAAGGCCAAGCGAACUUUAGAAACCCUCGCAAAGGAAAUUGAAGCUUUGGAAAAACAAAAUGCCGAGGCAGAUCAAGCGCAUUGGACUGCAGAGGGAGACAAGUGGGAUGCUGAGUAUCAGCUAUUGCAUGUACGAGUCAUCGAGCUGAGCACCACGAUGAAACAGCUCGACAUGCAACUCGUUCAAGACACCAAGGAGUACAAUAAGUAUUACAAGAACGCGGCGAACGACUACCGCAAGGCUCACAUCACAGUGGAGACCACGAAGGCGGCCUGUGAUGAUCUAAGCCGAUACGGCAGCGCGCUUGAGCAGGCAAUCUUGAAGUUUCACACGAUCAAGAUGGAUGAGAUCAACAAGAUUAUUGACGAGCUCUGGCGCAAUGCAUACCAAGGAACCGAUGUCGACACUGUGCGGAUCCGUUCCGACAACGAUGGCGGCGCCCGGAACCGCACCACCAACUACCGCGUCGUUAUGGUCAAGCGCGACAACGAGAUGGAUAUGCGUGGCCGCUGCAGCGCUGGGCAGAAGGUCCUCGCGUCUAUUGUGAUUCGCCUCGCUCUCGCCGAAUGCUUCGGUACCAAUUGUGGGCUCAUCGCACUCGAUGAGCCAACAACCAAUCUCGACCAGCAGAACAUUAGAGGGCUCGCCGAGAGCCUUUCCCAAAUCAUCCAGAUCCGCCGCAAGCAGGCCAACUUCCAGCUGUUGGUCAUCACGCACGACGAACAGUUCUUGCGCGAGAUGAACUGCGCAGACUACACUGAUGUCUAUUGGCGCGUGGGCCGGGAUAAAGAGCAACAGAGCUACAUCGAGCGCCAGAAUAUUGCUGAGUAUGUAUUUACUGUGAGCGAUAAUGACUACGACCUUAUCCGCUUGGCCGGGAUAUUGAUCCUUGACACGUCACAAGACGACGGUCACUACGAAUCAGCAUGGCCAAGUGUUGGUCACUGGUAUAACCAUGUCCGCGGGAAGGGCAUGAUCAAGCGCGAGGCGUAUUCCUCCAUAGUUGAAUACUUCAAGACCAUCAAGGAAGAGAUCUCCAGGGAAGAAUUCGCGCUCCCUGUCUUUCUACGCGAGGACUGGCAGCCUGAUUACGACGUAGAGACUACCGGGCACUGGCCCUGGAAGCUAAAAAGGUAUUGCCAAGACUACCAACGCUAUUUGCAAGAGACAAUGAGUCCAGAUCACCCUCCCGACGAAGAGGACAAUGAUGCUAGGUUCAUCGCCGUCUCGGAUGCCACCUGGGAUGCUCUGGAGAUGCUUGAGUACAAGACAUGGCGUGUCUCAUUUGUUGAUAAUCUUCUCAAGCAGAUUCGCCGCUACGUAUGGUCCAUCAUCGACAGUUCUUGCUGUCGCUUGGGCGCGGGGAGCGGUGGGAGGAGGGUGAAAGGAUCUUGCGGAUUCACCUACCAGAUCUGUUUAUGUAGAUAA